GAAGUGACAGCUGCGUCGAACUGCUGUGCUGACUCUCGCUUGUUGGCUCGCUGUUGCUGCUUUACAUUCGGAUUGCGUUUGAAUCCUAUGGCCUAAGCAAGAAAUCAACGUUUCCGUGGCGUUUCACAAUCGCCGUCCGACAUCUCCAAACUCAAAAUCGAGUGGUUUCGAGAGUUUUGAUGCUACUUUCAGCAGGAGUAUAUAGCAAAAUAUUUACGCACAGCUGUUUUGGGAGCUUGGGAACUUCACCCGGGGCCGGGCCGGGCCGGGGAGGGGUGGGUGGUGAGGAAGGGUUUGGAAGAUUUCGAAGAUUUCCCUCGAGUUGUUUCUACUCUACAAGAAAAUAAAGAAGAAAGCACGCCGCCGCCGCCAUGGAUUUCGAGAACAUCUUGACGAUCGCAUCGCAGAACCAAGGCAUGAGUGCCGUCCCGAAGAGAUACAGUUUGUCAGUUGGACCACCCAAAAAGGACCCCAAAGUAAAAGGUGUAGCAUCAUCUGCAGUGCAAGCCUUCUUGAAAAAAAAAGAGUUGGAAAGCAGAAAAAAAGAUUUGGAAAAUAAAAUUAAGAAGGAUCAGCUCCUUGCCAAAAGAGUGGAAUUGAAAUCUGACCGUAAAGCGCGGGCUAUGGCAUCUCGGACAAAGGACAAUUUUAAAGGUUACAAUGGCAUUCCUGUAGUGGAACAACCCAAAAAGAGGAGGUCUCGGAAAGGUAUGCCUGGAGAUCAGGACACAAGUCAGCAGUCUGAGGAUAACGGUACUUGUGAUGAUGAUGAUGAUGAUGAGUAUUAUGAAUACUCACAGAAUGAGACAGAGUAUGAAGAAGAGGAUGAAGAAAAAAUGGAGGAGCCACAGGACAGAAGACCACCAUAUGAAGCGCCUAGAAGACCACCGUAUGAAGCGCCUAGCAGACCACAAUAUGAAGCGCCUAGCAGACCACAAUAUGAAGCGCCUAGCAGACCACAAUAUGAAGCGCCUAGCAGACCACAAUAUGAAGCGCCUAGCAGACCACAAUAUGAAGCGCCUAGCAGACCACAAUAUGAAGCGCCUAGCAGACCACAAUAGAAGCUUAAGAAACCUCCAGUCAAGCCUGCUGCACCAUCACCAAUGAAUUUUGCAGAUCUUCUCAAGCUGGCACAAAAGAAGCAGUUUGAACCAGUGGAGAUUAAAGUUGCCAAGAAAACAGAGGAGAAACUACGAACUGCAGAAGAGCUUAAGGAAUUGGAAUUCUUGGAGAGAAAGAAUAAGAAAUCUCUUAAGCCUAAGGAAGGAAGAUAUGAAAAAGAGAGUAAGACCCAAAUCCCACCCAGCUCUGUGAAAAAGGAAUCGUUGCAAAAUGAUUCAAGAAAUGUUAAGACACAGCCGAAACCUCAGACUUCAUCCGAGAGGUUCUCCUCUUCUGACAUUCAGAGCAGAAAAACAAAAGUACCCACUUCUAGUGAAAGGAUGCACAAUUCUUCAGCUGCUAAACAUUUUCCAAAUGAUCGGCCCAAGGUUGGACAUAGUGUUUCCAGUAAAAAUUCUGCCGUUCCUAACAUUGAUAAAAACUCUAUAAAGGGAAAUUUCGGUUCUCAGGGAUCAGCCAAAGUUCCAAUUAAAAGGCCACCUUCCUCUGAGGUGCGAAAUUCAAGCACUUCGAGUGACCUUAGCCAGAGAAAAAAUCAUCCACUUUCUGCUGGCAAGAGUAGUAGUGGUAAUCCUCGGCCUGUAAGUAGCUCCAGCUCAACUCCCGUCAGGCCCAGCUCAACUCCCGUCAGGCCCACACAUUCAGCACCAAGCCAGUUGAGUGGAUCCACAAAGCCUAAAAUGAGUGCUCCACGUCCUGAAUACGUGCAGGAAAGACCUGGACGUAAUGGUCCCGAUCGACCACCAAACAGGCCGCUGCCUCAUCCUGGAAACAAUUCCCUUUCUAGAAAUUCAGGCAGUGGGCCAGGCCGACCUGGAAACCCUCCACAAGUGCGACUGGGGAGCUCAACACAAGUUCGACCUGGAAACAGUGGUCAAGUUAGGCCAGUGAGUGCUAGCACUGGGAACAGUUCAAGUUUUGAACAGAGGAGACCCAAAUGUACUGUAGUAUCAGAAACAAUUUCUUCAAAGAACUUUGUACCCAAACCAGGGACUGGAAUAAGACCACAAGUUCCUCCUGCUGCAUACAGACCUCCAGUGAGACCUCCAGUUCCCCAACUGCCACCUAUUACCUCAAGCUACAAACGUAGGUGGGAAGACGAAGAAGAGGAAUACGAUUCAGAAAUGGAUGACUUCAUUGAUGAUGGGGAUGUAAAUCAAGAUGAGGUUUCAAAACAUAUCCGAGAGAUCUUUGGAUAUGACAGAAAUAAAUACAAAGAUGAUAGUGACUAUGCUUUGCGUUACAUGGAGACUUCCUGGAAAGAACAACAAAAAGAAGAAGCCAGAAGUUUGCGUUUGGGUAUCAAAGAAGACAUGGAGGACAUGCUACUGGAGGAAGAGAUGAAUAAAAAGAAAGCAAUGAAGCUUAAGAAACGGAAACUGUAGACGACCACUGGAUGAUAUUCCCUCCAGUCCUAUUGUUACAAUAUUGGUGGAGACGUGUGGAAUCCUAAAGUUUCAUCUGAGCAUAGUUUUGCACUAAGAUUGUUCUUGCUUAAAGACUACAGAAAGAAUUAGUUUCUAAAUUCAGGACUCUGGUUGUUUUAUUUGUUGCCACUAAACACGGUCUACAUUUUGGUCCUGGAAUUUUCAAACCGUGAGUUCUUUGUAGCUUUUUUUUAUUGUUGUUAGAUCUUUGCUGAAGAAAACUACAUUAUUAUAAAAAAAAAAAAAAAUUAAUAUAUAUUCUGAAAAAGAAAAGGUAUUUUUCUGUCUUUGGUUAAAAAAUGGAAGACAAUUUGUGUAUUGAUUGAGCUUAAAAAUAUAAUUCUAAGGGCUAAACUUAAUAUAUUCUAAUUUUUCCUUAGGAUGUAAAUUCCCUAAAGCUUGAUGUUCAUAGAUCCUCAUUAGUAAUUUAGGACAAUCCUAGGAGCCAGGCUGGAUUCUUUAUAAAAAGACUAAGUGGAUGUUUUGUUACGAUUUGUCCAGGCUAACGCUCAUUUAAUUAUGACUACACUGCUUUGGGGAUCACACCAACUCCUUUGUCGAAUAAAAAGGAAGGAAUAUUUUAAAUCCCUGGGUGAAGAUUAUUCAUGUGGUGAAAUCGAGUGACAAAGAUGUAAACCUGCUUUGCAAAUAUUUAUUAUUAUUUUUUUUAAUAAGUACAGUGGCAAGAAAACGUACGUGAACCCUUUGGAAAUACCCACAUUUACAGCGGUGUCAAAACGUAAGUAUACCCAAUGAAAUUAUUUUUUUUAACAUAUUAAGAUGUAAUCUCGAUUUCAGUGAUAUCUUUAGAUAAAUGCUGAAAGAUAUUUCACGUUUUUUAAACUGGAAUUAAAGUGCUCUGUUACUGUGUGAA